UCCUCCCGCUCUCCUCCGGCAGCAUCAUGGCGGAGCCAAGCGGCUCGCCCGUGCACGUCCAGCAGUCCCAGCAGACAGCCCCGGUGACAGCGGCGGCGGCGGCGCCCGCGGCCGCGACAGCAGCGGCGGCCCCGGCAGCGCCCGCGGCCCCGGCCCCGGCCCCGGCGGCGCAGGCCGUCGGCUGGCCCAUCUGCAGGGACGCGUACGAACUGCAGGAGGUUAUCGGCAGCGGUGCUACGGCUGUGGUCCAGGCUGCUCUCUGCAAGCCCCGGCAAGAACGCGUAGCAAUAAAGCGCAUCAACUUGGAAAAAUGCCAGACCAGUAUGGAUGAACUAUUAAAGGAAAUUCAAGCCAUGAGUCAGUGCAGCCAUCCCAAUGUAGUGACCUAUUACACCUCUUUUGUGGUAAAAGAUGAACUUUGGCUGGUCAUGAAAUUACUAAGUGGAGGUUCAAUGUUGGAUAUCAUAAAAUACAUUGUCAACCGAGGGGAACACAAAAAUGGAGUUCUGGAAGAGGCAAUAAUAGCAACAAUUCUUAAAGAGGUUUUGGAAGGCUUAGACUAUCUGCACAGAAAUGGUCAGAUACACAGGGAUUUGAAAGCUGGUAAUAUUCUUCUGGGUGAAGAUGGUUCGGUACAAAUAGCAGAUUUUGGGGUAAGUGCAUUCUUAGCAACAGGGGGUGAUGUUACCCGGAAUAAAGUAAGAAAAACAUUUGUUGGUACUCCGUGUUGGAUGGCCCCCGAAGUCAUGGAACAGGUGAGAGGCUAUGACUUCAAGGCUGACAUGUGGAGUUUUGGGAUAACUGCCAUUGAAUUAGCAACAGGAGCAGCGCCUUAUCACAAAUACCCUCCUAUGAAAGUGUUAAUGUUGACUUUGCAAAACGAUCCACCCACUUUAGAAACAGGAGUAGAGGAUAAAGAAAUGAUGAAAAAGUACGGCAAGUCCUUUAGGAAAUUACUCUCACUGUGUCUUCAGAAAGAUCCUUCUAAAAGGCCCACAGCUGCAGAACUUUUAAAAUGCAAAUUCUUCCAGAAAGCCAAGAACAGAGAGUACCUAAUUGAGAAGCUGCUUACAAGAACCCCAGACAUAGCCCAAAGAGCCAAAAAGGUGAGAAGAGUUCCUGGGUCAAGCGGUCACCUUCAUAAAACCGAGGACGGUGACUGGGAGUGGAGUGACGACGAGAUGGAUGAGAAAAGUGAAGAAGGGAAGGCAGCUUUUUCUCAAGAAAAGUCACGAAGAGUAAAAGAAGAAAACCCAGAGAUGGCAGUGAAUGCCAGCAGUAUACCCGAGCAGAUACAGUCCCUCUCUGUGCAGGACUCUCAGGGCCUACCCAAUGCUAGCGAAGACUAUAGAGAAGCUUCUUGCGCUGUGAACCUCGUUUUAAGAUUAAGAAACUCCAGAAAGGAACUUAAUGACAUACGGUUUGAGUUUACUCCAGGAAGAGAUACGGCAGAUGGCGUAUCUCAGGAGCUCUUCUCUGCUGGCUUGGUUGAUGGCCAUGAUGUAGUUAUAGUGGCUGCUAAUUUACAGAAGAUUGUAGAUGAUCCCAAAGCUUUAAAAACCUUGACAUUUAAGUUGGCUUCAGGCUGUGAUGGGGCGGAGAUUCCUGAUGAAGUGAAGCUGAUCGGGUUUGCUCAAUUGAGUGUCAGCUGAUGUAUGUCCCUUGACCUCUCCCUGAUCUGUCAUGCUCCCCACCUCAACACUCCCCUCAAUCUUCUUUCCCCCACCCUGUCUCCCACCCCCUCACUCCCAGUUCCCACAAAAUCAGAAGAUUGUGAAGAGUCUGGCUUCAAUGAAAUGGGAUAAAAAAAAGUUUUUUUUAACCUUA